GUAAAAUGCCACAUAUAUUUAAAAUAAGAGUCACGUAUAUUUAUGUUUUUUUGGAAAUGUUAUUUCAACGAUUAGUUUUCAAAAGAUUUUGUCAUAGAAACGCGAAAAAACGAUGAAAGGCAUAUUUAUAUAUGCUUUGUGUCUAUAACAAUAUAAUCUUCACGGUUAGUUUCCGAGAAAUUUCGCCGCAGAAACACGAGAAGACGAUGGAGCGGCUACUUAUUUGCAUUUUCACUAUGUUGUGCUUUGUUUCUGCAAGUAUUGGAAAAAAAGGGUUCGGUCCUGGAGAACAAGACUGGGGCUACGUUCAAGUACGUCCCUAUGCAAACAUGUUUUGGUGGCUUUAUUAUACUACGGCAGACGUUAAAUCGUAUUACGAUAAACCGCUAAUCAUCUGGUUACAAGGUGGACCAGGCGGAUCUUCGACCGCGUAUGGAAAUUUCGAAGAACUAGGGCCUCUUGAUACGGAUUUAAAUCCAAGAAAUCACACUUGGGUCAAAGAUUACAAUGUUCUCUUCAUCGAUAACCCUGUUGGUGCUGGCUUUAGUUACGCUGAAAACAUAUCGGCAUUCGCAACGACAAACGCUCAAAUCGCGAGCGAUCUUUUAGAAUGCAUUCGAGAAUUCUACAAGCAAUUACCGCAAUUUAAGCCUGUUCCAACGUAUAUCGCCACUGAAUCGUAUGGUGGAAAAAUGAGCGCGGAAUUUGCGCUUGUCUGGGAUCGAGCUCAAAAAGCUGGCACUAUUAAAAGUAAUCUAAAAGGGGUUGUACUUGGGGACCCUUGGAUUUCUCCUAUCGAUUCUGUAAUGACAUGGGCGCCUUAUCUACUCGGCAUGGGUAUGAUUGAUACGGAAGAUUUUAAGGAAAUUAACACUGCGGCAAACAGCACAAAAGAUAAAGUAGAAAAAGACCAAUGGCUAGAAGCAUUUCAUUGUUGCCUUUAUACGUCAUCUAUAAUUUUUGAAAAAACUUGCGACCUUAACAUCUAUAAUAUUUUGACAAGAAAAAAAUGCAACUCUUCUAUUUUAUCGUCGCAAAAUGUAUUGUCCUUUGAUGGAGACGCUAUGUAUCGAAAUUUUUUUCAAGAUGAGACACAGUCACUUGAUAGUUUGAUGAAUGGUCCAGUAAAAAAAGCGCUCGGUCUUAACGUCACUCAUGGUAACCAGUCUACCACAGUUUACGACUGCUUAAGAGAAGAUUUUAUGAAGCCUGUUACUAAUAUAGUGGAACAAUUACUUAAUGAAACUAACUUGAAUGUAUUCAUAUACAAUGGACAAUUGGACGUCGUUGUCGAUACACCCGGCACCCUUCAUUGGGUCGAAAAACUAGAAUGGACACAGUGGUGGAGAUGGUUGCCGAGGGAGCCGCUCCUCUCUGAAGAGGGCUUCGUCGAGGGCUUUUCGAAAACUUUAGAUAAGUUCUGUAUGUACUGGAUAAACAGAGCUGGACAUAUGGUUCCGAAAGACAAUCCAGCAGCUAUGAAAAUAAUACUACGGAACCUAACAAGCAACGCAUACAACUAAACAAAAGCAAAAACUAGCUUUUAUAUUUGUAAAUAUAAAAGCUAAAUGUGUAAUUUUGGUGAUGUUACACUCAAAUUAUUAAACUUAUUUUAUCCGUUUCUCAUAAAAUUAAAAAAAAGAAGCAAACAAUUAAAAUACUUAUGCAGUUUGGAUGCAGAUUAUGCAAUUGUUAAAGAACAAUUCUGAUUAUAUUAUGCUAAAUUAAAAUUGUUGUAUAAUUUAUAUUAUAUAUAAUUGACACGUUUUGUACUUCAAUAUC